AUGGCUGCAACGCUCAACCGGGGAAUCGCCGUGAUCUCUGGGGGAAGCGCGGCAAACAAUCUGGUCGACGUGUUCGACGCAAUCCGCGCCAGCAAAAACUGCCCACUAAGCUAUAUCAUUCCCAUCAGCGAUAAUGGAGGCUCCUCUUCCGAGUUGAUUAGGAUAUUUGGAGGGCCGGGCAUUGGCGAUGUUCGAAGUAGAUUGGUUCGCUUGAUUCCGGACUUACCAGUUAAUCCAGAACGGAUGGCCAUCAAGACCCUGUUUAAUCAUCGUCUGCCCGCGGAAGCAGCUGCGGCAUCCCUUGAAUGGCUCUCCAUCGUGGACGGCACAUCUGGCCUGUGGAUCUCUAUCACGCCGGCAAAGAAGGAGUUAAUUCGAUCUUUCUUCAACAUGUUGAAUUUGGAGAUUCUCAAACGAGCCAGACCACCAUCGUCGACUUUUGACUUCACCUCGGCUAGCGUGGGCAACCUGUUUUUAACCGGAGCGCGGAUAUUCAGUGGGAGCUUUGAGAGCGCCAUUUAUCUUCUCGGGAGUAUAUGUGGUGUGCAGUCAGAUAUUGUACGGGUCAUUCCGGCGAUCAACUCGAAUUUUUCUCACCAUAUAUCUGCUACCCUCAUCGACGGAACUGUGAUUGUUGGACAGAACAGCAUUUCGCAUCCGAGUGAAGCAACCGCACUCGGGAAUGUCCAAAGUGCUAGACGUCCCAGUCUUCUCCUCGCUGACGGGGAUGACCUCGAAGACACUGAUCUCUCCGAUACUUCGGACCCGGUCUCAUACGAGGAAGAUCAUCUUCCUGGCUCCCUUGCCACGUUGCGAAAUAAGAACAUCGCGUUCAGCAAAACCAAGAACGAAGAAUUACCAUGUCGCAUCAGCCGUAUUUGGUACAUUAAUCCCUACGGUCAAGAGAUCCGACCACCGGCAAACCCACGCGUUCUGGAAGCACUGAAUGACGCACAAGCUAUUGUAUACAGCAUCGGCUCUCUUUAUACCUCUAUCAUUCCUGCUAUUAUCCUUCGCGGCGUAGGAAAGAGUAUUGUGAACAGCCCGGCACGUCACAAGAUCCUUAUCCUUAACGGCUCAUUAGACCGAGAGACCGGUCCCCCAUCUCAAUCAUUUUUGGCAUCUGAUUUCGUCGAGGCUAUUGCACGUGCCGGCGAAGAAAGUCGUGGGAGACGUCCUGAAAGGUUUCCACCACUGCAAGGCGUCCAUGACUCGGCUUCAUCCCCGGCCACUAUUCGACCAUAUAGUGCGAUCCCGAACCCCCAAGUUGACAGGGAGAGGCUGGCUCAGAUGGGGAUUGAGACACUGCGUCUAUACGGACGGAAGGUUACUACCAAGCACAAAGAUGAAGAAGUUGUUGUUGGCAUGCAAUACGACUCGAAUGCGUUGAUUCAAGCUCUCGAAGUUGUGUUGGGAAAGAAAGGAGAUGCAAUGGUGCGAGGGGGAGUGGAUGGUGGCUUAUGGAGAAGAAACACUCUUGAUCCAGGCAAACGGGACAAAAGAUAA